GUUUGACAUUAAAGUCAAAGCGGAACUGCAUUCACUUUUAUUCGACGUCUGCUUCAAGUUAGCGGAAGAACCGGAUAGACUUCACGAGGUCCUGCUGCAAAAGCUGGACAGAUGUUUUUGCGCCAUGGUUUGCACUGAAGGUGCUGUCUCGUCUGAGUGCUCCGAAGUGCGGCGCGUGCGACUGAAUAGAGCCAGAGAUGCAGGGGAGGCACAGUUCAUUGACUCGACGCCCAUUUUUAUAUCGUAAAGUCUUCGAUAAACAGAGACAGAGCGAGCGGUCUUCGGGUCGAGCUAACGCAGCGCAUCUACACCGGCGCUGUGAUCGAUAGUAGGUGCCAGCUUGUGUUUUCACUCCUGUGCAUUAGCCUAUCUGUAUGAUUGCGCGCGCUCACGAAAACAUGUUUUACAAAGGGAAUCUGAGUAUCGAUCCAAAGGGCUACGUGUGCCGCGCUACCUUUGACCAGCCCUAGACUCCCGAUUGAGUGAGAUACACGCCUGGUGGUGUCAGAAGCCCGUUUCUUCUUUCGGGUACUGGUCUGCAGACUUCGGCUUCUCCUAACGAAGUGAAUCAGGUUUUGCGCGCAACUCCCGGCAGCGCGAUGGUACAAUGGCUCGCGGUUGUUUGUAUGGUCAUACUGGCAACCUGCCUGUGGACAAUUUUGCGCUACCUCAGAGCGGGAAGUCCGUCUACUGCGUGGCUCCCCGGGAUGGGAAGGGACAUUUCUCGGUGCCGAGCGACGGACUGCUGGUCAAACCCUUGCCUCUCUGAUCACAACUCUGACGAUGCCCCGGCGGAGGGAGCAGACGCUGUCACGUUGAUUUGCAAGCCCUCUGCUCUGGCCAGUCACCUCGUCAAGAACUGUCCGACUUUCUCUACUUUUGAUUUCGGUUCGAGAUGGAGCUGGCGCGCGAGCCCCUUCCUGCAGACGGUUUUCGGCACCUGCUGGCCCUCCGACGGUGGCGUGCGCUUCGUGCGCGACCACCUGCAGAUGAGCGACGACGGUCUGGUGGCGCUGGACUGGGCUGUAGCGGGAACGGCUGCUAUGGGGCACAAACGGAGGAGGACGACGAGUAAUUCCACGAAUCCCGUUCUCCUUAUCAUUCCGAACUCAUUUGGGAAAAUCACCAGGAAUGUCUUGAAGCUGUGUGAGGCGGGCCUGGGCCACGGCUACCUCCCGGUGGUGUUUAACCGGCGCGGGCAGAACGGCACGCCCCUGGGCACGCCGCGGCUGCAGCAGUUUGGCGACCCGGCGGACCUGCGGGAGGCGGUGUGCUACGUCCGGUACCGGCACCCCGCCAGCCGGCUGUACGCGGCGAGCGAGAGCACGGGCUCCGGCCUGCUCCUGUCCUACCUGGGCGAGUGCGGCUCCUCCAGCUACCUGACGGCCGCCGCCUGCAUCUCCCCCGUCCUGCGCGGCCAGGCCUGGUACGAGAGCGCCCCCUGCUGGCCCUACGGCUGGGCCCUGCUGCUCUACCAGAAGAUCUGCCUCAGCAGGUACAGGACGGCCCUGGGGGAGGUGCUUCCCGCGGACAGGCUGUUCUCCAGCAGCUCCCUGCGCGGCCUGGAGGAGGCGCUGUUCUGCGGGCCGGCGGGGGGCGGGGCCGGCUGGGAGGCGUACUGGGAGCGCAACGAGCCCCUGCGGGACGUGGACGAGGUGGCGGCGCCGGUGCUGUGCCUGUGCAGCCGGGACGACCCGCUGAUGGGGGGAGGGGCAACGGGGACUCCGCCCCUGGAGCUCUUCCAGAGCAACCCCCACCUCUUCCUGCUGCUGUCGGCCGGGGGGGGCCACUGCGGCUUCGCCGCGCCGGGCGGGGCCUGGAGCCACCGCGCCCUGCUGCAGUUCUUCCGCGCCGCCACCGACUUCUGCGCCGGCGAGGAGCGGGCCCGGCUGGCCCCGCCCCCCCGCCGCCGGGGCCCGGGGGGCGGGGCCAGCGGCAGGGCCUUCCGCCACCGCAGCGCCAGCACCUGCAGGAGGCCGGCGGCCUGCCCCCCCGCCGCCGUCCGCGCCGUGCCCUGCUGGCAGCGCUCCUACACGCGGUGACCCUGGUAUGGCCACACCCCCUCCCCCCCAGCGCACUCAUGUAUGGCCACACCCCCUCCCCCCCAGCGCACUCAUGUAUGGCCACACCCCCUCCCCCCCAGCGCCUCGUACACACGCACAGACCCCCCAAUAGCCACACCCCCCCAGCCAAUCCUCUAAGGCCACACCCUCCAACUCAGUCACUGUGAGGCCACGCCCCCCUGGCCAAGUCACUGUGAAAGGAACGUGAGCACACAGUGGACUGGGACUGAGGAGUAAAACUGGGCCCUCCUUCGGUUCCAGAGUUAAGCCGGGACCAGCAAAGACGGCAGUCGGUCAGCUAGGAGUGCAGAUUGCACCUCCCUGCAUCGUAGCAACAACGGUCCAAUUAACUGCUGCAGAGUUGUAAUUAAAGGGGGCGAGAGAACAAAUGAGAUUGAUUUGUUGAUUUCACUUUUUAAAAAAUCACGCUCGCCCCUUGGGGAUGUCCCGUCUUAUCUGACAACUGUGGGUGUGGUUUUCGGGUUUUAUCCCAGCACUGCAGCAGCUGAUUCAGCUGAUUAACCAAUCACGGUCUUCAGUCAAAAUCCUUAUGACGUGUACGAGUACGGUCAGGUGCGUUAGUGCCGGCCUGUAACAAAAACUAGAGCACACACCGGCCCUUUUCGGAUAAAAUUGGACACCCCUGUAUUGCUUGCAUAGGUGUCAGUUGUCAUAUUCAGCAUUAUUGUACUGUUGUGUAAUGUCUCAUUUGACUUUUCGGAAUGUUCUUUUUUUUUUUUUUUGUCCGUCACGGGUUCAUAUUAUUAAUGUGUAAUGUUUGGCAUUAGGUCUUAAGUGCUGUUGUAGUAGGUUCAUACCAGGGGUGUCAAACUGAACCCCAGGGGGGGGCUGCAGUGUCUGUGGGUUUUUGUGGUUUCCUUUCAGUCGGCUGCCAAUUAAGGCCUUGAGAACAUGGAGCGUGGAUCCAUUAUCCAAUCGAUGACUUAAAUGAACCGCUGGUGCCAAAAAACACCUUAAAACCAGCAGACCCUGCGGCCCUCCAGGACUUUUUUGUUUGACACCCGUGGUUUGUGCAGAGAGGUCUAAGCAGGGGGGGGUCUGUGUCCUCUUCCCUGCAAACAUCCCUGCUGAAGGUGUUGAGUUCUGUCCUGCGUUUAGUGCCGGUCGUAGUCACUGUUGAAGGGAUGUUGUCGACCGCGACCGUGCCGAAACCAGCCCGGUAAAGCCUUGACCGUUCCAGCCGUCCUGGGGAGGUCUGGUUGUCCUCGGCCUGCCCUGAGGGUAAACGUUUGGGUGUGUUUUGGCGUCGGUGUGUUCUCGUCAGAGGUGGGUAACCCGGCUUCAAAGAGUAAAAAGACUGACCAUGCAUUUGCUCCACCACCAUGCACUAAACCAGCUGACUCUAAUUAGCAUAACUCUUCAGCAUGAUGGGAGAACUAAUUAUUGUAAUCAGCUGGUUUAGUGCAUGGUGGUGGAGCAAAUGCAUGGUCAGUCUUUUUACUCUUUGAAGCCGGGUUACCCACCUCUGGUUCUCGUGCUCUUGCAGUCUGCGAUUUGAAUGUACUGCUGAGGAUAAAUUGUACUGAUCACUGUGAGGCGUAUCUUUCUUUUUUAAUGCUCGCCUAGCUGUGCUCUCUGAGCUGUUCGGUCAACGCGGGUUCGAUAAUAAAUCAGUCGUCCGUUUCGUCCUGA